AAACAAGAUGGCGGACACCUGCUGUGGACCGCGGUAGUUGUGUCGUUUCCAGUAACUAAUGAUUCAAUUUACCUCACGGCUGACAGUGUGACAUAGUUUAGACUGUUAAAAACAACCCAGUGCAUGCCGCUAGUACACAAGUCUUCCACAGAGAAAAGUCAUGAGUACUCUAGAUGAAAAACUGCGUUGGCUGGAGGCUAGGAUAGCUUCAUCACUAAGGCCCAGAAAUGAAGACCUCAGAAACAUGUUCAUUAAUGAAGAUAACAGACGAGCACUGCACGAGUUCACCCAGAACGAAGAUGUGAGGCGGCUAUUUGUGUACAUAAACCCGGGGCCGUCAAGGGAGAUAGUCGUGUCUCUGCACCCUCCUGAGAACCUCUCUUCCAAAUCUGUCUUCUUCAUCAAGACAAACUCAGGAAUCAAACUAACAAAUGAAAACAUGGAUGAGGAGGUGAUGUAUGUGGACUGUAGCUCCCAACCUCUGGAGCACCUCAACUUGCUCACCCGCCAGGUCUUCCUUCCCUUCCUCUGUACUAAUCAAAACCUGGCGGAUGCCUCGGGAAUGAACGCAGACAAGCUGAUGGAUGUCCUCCACAAACUAAUGGCAACCGUGGAGGUUACACAAGGUCAAAUUGAGGGUAAGCUGGUACUGAGCCUCCCAUCGGUAGAAGUGUUGGCUGAAGCAGCGGCUAACCCUAACAGAAGAGCAUCGGUUCUGCAUGUCCUAGAAACCACUGUGAUUGGCUGGAUCAAACAAAUCAAGAUUGUGCUGAGACAUGAGCCACUUGGGGACUUGUACAGUAAGUUUGGCCCAGAACCAGGACCCCUGGAUGAGGUAGAGAUGUGGGAGAGUCAGUUAUCCCGACUACACUCCCUUAAUCAGCAGCUGGACACCCCGAUAGCCAGGGACAUCCUGCUGAACCUAGAACAGGCCAACAGUCAGUACGCUCACUCCUUCUGUCAGGUCAGGAAGGACAUCAACAAGGCAGUAACUGAGACCCAGAAGAUUCUGCGCUUCCUGCAUGCCAUGUUCACAUGGUUUGAGGAUUUACAUAGAGCCAUGGAGCCCCAGCCUAUGAUCACCACCAUGAAGCCUCUAAUGACAGCUCUUAACCUUGUCUGGACCCACUCUAGGUAUUACCAUCAAAUGGACAAGUUUCACAACCUUUUGCGGCUAAUUUCAAACGAAGUGGUUCAUCGAGCUCAGGCAAUGGUAGGAGAGGACAUCUUGAGAGAACCUCUUCAAUCAUACUCCAAGCUGAAGGAUGCCCUCAGGGUGUGUGCAGCCUUCAGAGGCACCUACCUGGAUUAUAAGGACAGAGCGGAUGAUGUCAAUGCCAAAACCAUAGCUGAAAAUGAGGAGAAGCACCAUAAUCAGGCUGAUGGUACUCUGUUCAAGGCCCGACUGUAUGGUCCCAAUGCUUACGUCCCUCGCUUUGGCCUGCGUCACUCUGACCCCACAGCCAGUGACUCAUCCCUGGGGGAGGAUGAGAUCUGGACAGAUAGCCCCUGGCCACCCAGAAACGCUGCCUGUUUUAAUUUGCUCAACAGUUUUAUGGAGAGGUGCAAUGAUGUUUUGGAGCUGGUGGAAACCACGCGUCAUUUCCGGCUGCUGGCUGGAGCUGCCGAUGUGGGCGGGGCGGGUAGCAUGAGUCUCGAUGCCAUGGUUAAAGAAAUCCACAAGAAAUAUCAGAUUGCCAUGGACAAGUUCUUCUCAGUUGUGGACAACAUUCUGAACAUUGAUGGCUCUCAGACGUUCGAAAAAGCGUUUUUCACAUUUCGCACAGUUGUCAAGAUGUUAGAGAAACAAUUGGCAGAGAUCCUGCGUCAGGCCUUCCAGCAGUGUCACACAUUAGGAGCUCAGCUCCGCUUGUUGGAGGUGUUUGAAGGAAUCAGUAGUCGAGAGCUAGUACAGUUGUACCUGAAGGACAAAGAUGACAUGCUAGUGGAAUCCUACACGCUCGAACUGGAGUGCGUGCGCAAUAUGUUCCAACAACAAUGCCGGCGCACACCUCUCCAUUACAAUAUGCCACCCAUUGUCAGCAGAUUGUUGUGGGUUCAUGCACUGAAAGAACGAAUUAAGUGUCCCAUGGAGAAGAUGAGGAAGGUCAGUCCACAUUCCCUGGAGGGGGAGAGGGGCUGGCAGAUGAGAGACGCCUACGAUGACAUCCUCAAAGGCCUUAACGAUUUUGAGACAGAACUUAUUGGAGGCUGGAAGGAAUCGUUGACGUCUGAACUGUCGGCACGACUCAAACAGCCCCUGUUGAUAGCAGAGGAGUAUGAUGAGGAACUGGAGAUACGCCCUCAAGCCGUCCAUGUUAACCUGGAUCCUAAACUGCUGCUGUUGAUGAAGGAAGUGCACUACUUGCACCGUGAACCGUUCAGCAUCAAGCUACCUCAACCUGCCAAAGAGUUAAUUCGCCACACAGACUCCCUGCAGCUGAGGGUGACAGCCACAAGACUGGAGACCAUUGUGUCCAAGUAUAACACCAUCCUGAAAACCAUCACAGACUAUGAACGGCCUCUGUUUGAACGGAAACUGGAUAAAGUGGAUCAGCUGUUUGAGCAGGGUUUAAACCAGUUCACGUGGAAAAUGAAGGAGUCUGUGGAUUUCAUUGAGAGUGCCAUGUCUUUGGUGUGCCUGGAUGUGCAUCAGAACCUGGAUGUGGUGCAGACUAACUGUCAUGAAGUGGCCGAGAUCACGAUAUCCUGGUCGAAAGGCACUCUGGACAUCUUCAAAGCCAGAGACCCCAACAUGUCCUACUCCAUCGAGGAACUCCUCACCAUGCAAAAGUCAUUGGAAGAAGAACAUGAAAGUGUUGUGAUACCGUCCGGUAUCAAGAUUCAUAACCUUGUUCAGAAAUCCUUUGAGGCAGUUCAGAUCAGUCAGGCUUCUCCUGCCUGGAGAGACUAUGUGGACUACAUGGAUGCCAUUGUGCUGGACGGUCUAAAGCAGUCCACCUUAACCAGCCUUAAGUCCAUGCUCAAUACCCUGGUCAUGUCCAACACCACACGGGCCAGUAACACCCUGCCCAUCUUGACCUUGCGGCUAGAGCUUGUAGAAAACAGGGUGGCCUUCACCCCUCCCCUUGACCAGCUCUCAUCUGUGGUCAGUGUCCAGGAAAUAGUUAGCCAAUGGCUCAAGGGCUUCCUGGACAGGGGAAGACUCGUUAAGAUGCUAGGUCCUAAGGGCAGUUAUCUGGACUAUAUAAUGGUGGAUGAGGAAGUACAGAGACUUCUGGCUCACAUCAACAAACUCGUGGAGGAAAACAGCGAGGAGUGUAAGGGCAGUUAUCUGGACUAUAUAAUGGUGGAUGAGGAAGUACAGAGACUUCUGGCUCACAUCAACAAACUCGUGGAGGAAAACAGCGAGGAGUGUAAGAACCUGUACAGCUUGUUCAGCGAGUUUUCUUUCCUGUGGCUGCAAGAUGUUAAUCAAUCAUUUGAGGAGUUUUUACAUGGCAAACUUCCGCUUCAUUUGCGUCAGGACGAGGGCCUGUGUGUUGCGGGGAUCAUCACAUCUCAGCCAGUACACAAGGGAAGCCAUGAGCCAGAUCCGGCCGAGCGGUCAUUCCUCUCCCCAAAACAAGGUUUGGAUGUAGAGGAGAGUAAUGUCCCUACUCUGGACGAGUUUGACCAGGAGAUUGACAUCUACAGGUGGAAGUGA